GUUCAUAGCAAAUCAGAUAUUAUGGCAGUCAAUAGGAAAGAAGACAUGUCGUACUACUCGUCCUCCCGCAGUUCUUCCCGGGCCACUGAUUGCAAAGUGUAUGUUGGCGACCUGGGCAAUGGUGCUGCCAAGGGGGAGCUGGAGCGAGCGUUCAGUUAUUACGGACCCCUGAGAACCGUCUGGGUGGCUAGGAACCCACCCGGGUUUGCCUUUGUGGAGUUUGAAGAUCCCAGAGAUGCAGAGGAUGCAGUCAAAGGCAUGGAUGGAAAGGUCCUUUGUGGGUCCCGUGUCCGUGUUGAGAUGUCGACAGGCCUCUCCAGGAAGGGUCGCGGGCGCCCCAGCCGCCGUCAGUUCGACCCCAACGACAGGUGUUACCAGUGUGGGGACCGGGGCCACUACGCCUACGACUGCUACCGCUUCAGCAAGAGAGGCCGUCGCAGCAGGUCUCGCUCUCGAUCACGAUCUCGGUCCAGGUCCAGGUCUCGCGGACGCCGCUACCGCUCUCGCUCCCGCAGCCGCAGCCACAGCCGGAGCCGCCGCAGAUCUCCAUCUUAUUCCAGACGCAGGAGCAGGUCUGGCUCCAAUGCUCGUUCGAAGUCCAGGACCCCAGCGAGAAGUCGUUCCAGAUCUAGAUCUAGGUCUCGGUCCGGCUCUGCCCCCAGAAGACGCUCUGCCUCCCGUUCCCGCUCACGAUCUCCGUCAGCCAACCACAAGAGGAACAGCGUGUGGUGGGAGCUGAGCACUGCACAGACACCGCAGCUGAUCCCAGGCCCAGGGUCUGCCAGCUGGCGGUGUGCACGUCCUGCGGGAGGGUGACUAAGCGCUGAGCUGAGAUCAGCCUUCGCCUGCAUCUGGUCUUAGACAGCGAGAAAGAGGUCGACCUACCGACCGAACCGAACCGAACCCCCCCCCCAGCACAGUGAUUGGGUGGCUGUCUGUUCGACCGACGCACACUGCUCAGACGAGAUCAGCCCCGCGCACACAUACAGUUGUUCAACUAGAGUCACCCAUCCAGCAGCCUUCCGAUGUACCAGAGGGCUGACCUACACAGAUCAGAGUUUAAAUCCAUUACCUACCUACCUACCUACCUACCAGACCCCCCUACCUACCAGAGUUCUUCAGCCUCUGUCUUAGCUUCUGAGUGUGAGAGAAAGAGCUGACGAGAGAUCAGUCUUCAAGAGCCUCCCUGCGCAGUGUCUCUCCGAGUUGUAGUCAUCCGUCCUUCAGUCCUUUCAUCCUUCGCUUCUCUGUACUUGUUGUUUCUGCCACUGUCUCCAAAGGUAACCAAAAAACCCAACCCCCUGACAAGUUUCUUUUCAUUGGUGAAAGAAAAUUUUACAGGCUUGAGAUGUAGUCUGCAGAAGUGGUGAUUGUAGAGCUAAAGUUGAGUCUUUUUUUUUUUUUUUUUUUUUUUUUUUAAGAAGCAUGCUCAUGUGGGUGACUGUGUUUGUGUGUGUGAACGAGUGUGAGACCGGAGUGAAUAUUAAUGGCCUGAUAUGUCUGAGGAAUCUGUUUUUUUUGUUUUUUUGUGCCUCACACGCUGCUACAUCAUCACCAUUAUAAGCCGCUUUUUCUCUGUUUUGUAGCUGUUUAAGGAUUAGGUUGUAAUUUUUCUUCCAAACAAUGCUAAUGAUUAGUUAACAUCAGGGGCUUUUUAUGGGCGUUUUGUUUUUUCCCCGGGGGUUCAAGUUAUGUACUUAGCUUUUUUUUUGACCGUGGACAUUUCUGAGAGGGUUUAGUUUCCCCUCAGGGGAUAAUGAGACUAAUGUUUGGUUAUUGACAGGGACGUUAAACACGAGUGCUCCCAGGUAUGUAAGGCUGUAACAAAUAGAAGCAUCUGUGCGGUCAUGACCUGUUAAGGUGUUGUAGGGUUUGUUUACAGGGUUUUAUUUUUUUUGUUUUUUUAUUUUGAUCUUCUCUUGCAAGGGAACUAAUUCCUCUUUGUUUCUGUUUCAGUCGUUCCCGUUCAGCAAGUCCAAACCGAAGCCCCACACCAGCAGACGACUGAGUGAAGAAGACUAUUAGUCCCCCCCAAACCCUCCCUACACCCUAAAAACCCUCUCACCCACCAACCACUCACCCUCCUCAGCCUCCCGUCUGCUUUUUACAGCCACAGAGACGGUUUUUGUUUGCAUUUGUCUGUCCCAGUCGCAGUCUUACAGGUGUAAAUUCCUCCCCCAGGACUGUUGUCGUCGUCGUCGUGCAGCCUCAGAUUGUUGAAGAUUUAGUCGGUGUAGCGAGCAGACGGAGAAUGAUUUCUUUUUUUUUUUUUUUGAGGGAUUGUUUUUGUUUUCGGCGAAUGUAGAUCCGUUGACUUUUAGCAGUAAUUUACACCAUAAAUCAUUGGGGAAAAAGUGGAAAAACGUGGCACAGUCAGUGCAGGAAGGAGGACGCUGCAUUGAGCUGAAAGGUUUGAACCUAAAUUUAAACAAUUUGGCGACUCUAUAUAUAUAUAAAUAUAUUGUAUUGCACUCCAGUUUGAUGCUUGAGUUUAAAAAGCUGUUUAGUUUCCGCUCAUUCUGGCUGAAGGAGAAAGUUGCUACCCUGCAUGCCUUUAAAUAUGUCACAUUCCUCAUGUUUUUUUUUUUUUUUUUUUGUCGUCCUGCUGCACUGCCCUUUUUACGAACCCGAUUAUCAGAGAAUAGAUCCGCCCCCCCCCCCCCCCCCAAACGUAUUCAUCUCUGAUUUGUUCCUGUGAUUUUAAAAAAUGUGUUCAGUGCUUUAGUUUGAUUUGUGUGAGGGCUCCUCUGACAGUUUACUGUUUAUUCUUCCUGGCUUAUAUGUGAGACAGUCACAGUUUUAUUUUUAAAUAAACUUCUGCAACAUA